AUGCGGCUCCGCAUCUACAAGCGCAAGGUGCUGCUGCUGGCGCUGCUGGUGGCCGCCUGCGGCCUGGCGCUCUGGGGCAGCCACGGCCGCCAGCGCAAGCCCGAGCCCGCGCGGGACCCCGGCGAGCCGCCCGCGCCCCGCGCCGCCAGCCGGGCGGCCGAGCUCGCCUCCGCCGCCAGCCGCCGGGCCGCCAACGCCUCGGCGCCGCCGCCGCCGCCCCAGGCCGAGGCGGCCAACCGGACGCUGAGCUACCGCUCGCUCUUCUACCAGCUGAACUUCGACCAGCCCGUGCGCAACCUGGCGCGCUUCCCGCGCCGCCCGGCCGGCGAGCUGGUGCUGGUGGUGCAGGUGCACGAGCGGGCCGAGCACCUGCGGCUGCUGCUGGACUCGCUGCGCCGGGCCCCGGGCGUGGAGAACGCGCUGCUGGUGCUGAGCCACGACCUGUGGUCGGAGGAGCUGAACCGGCUGGCGGCGCAGGUGGAGUUCUGCCAGGUGCUGCAGAUCUUCUUCCCCUUCAGCACCCAGCUCUACCCCCGCGAGUUCCCCGGCCACGACCCCCGCGACUGCCCGCGCGACAUCGGCAAGAAGGCGGCGCUGCGCCUGGGCUGCAUCAACGCCGAGUACCCGGACUCUUUCGGCCACUACCGCGAGGCCAAGUUCUCCCAGACCAAGCACCACUGGUGGUGGAAGCUGCACUUCGUGUGGGAGCGGCUCCGGGCGCUGCGGGAGCACACGGGGCUGGUGCUCUUCCUGGAGGAGGAUCACUACCUGGCCCCUGACUUCUACCACGUCCUCAAGCAGCUUUGGGCGCUGAAGCAGCAGGAGUGCCCGGAGUGCCAGGUCCUCUCCCUUGGCAGCUACAACGUAGUGCGGGGUGGCUUCUCCGGCAAAGCCGACAAGGUGGAAAUGAAGACGUGGAAGUCCACCGAGCACAAUAUGGGCAUGGCCUUCAGCAGAGACACGUACCAGCAACUGAUCGAGUGCACAGAUGCCUUCUGCACAUAUGACGACUAUAACUGGGACUGGACGCUGCAGCAUUUGACUAUCUCUUGUCUUCCAAAAUUCUGGAAAGUGCUAGUACCCGAAAUCCCCAGGGUUUUUCAUACAGGGGACUGUGGCAUGCACCACAAGAAAUCCUGCAGACCAUCCACCCAGAGUGCCAAAAUCGACUCGCUCUUAAGCAGCAACCAACAGUACCUGUUUCCUGAAACAAUGAGUGUCAGUAAACGGUACUCCAUGGCACCUCUCUCUCCUCACGUGAAAAACGGAGGGUGGGGAGAUAUUAGAGACCAUGAACUCUGUAAAAGUUAUCGCAGACUGCAGUGAAAAUCAAACUCUCAACUAGCCUCUCUUUUGAAUUAUUCCAUACUGUCUUAUGGACAAAAGUGUAUAAAAGGGUUUCUGGAUUGGUUUCUGCUUUAAGAUGAAUAAACAUUCUUGUAAAAGGUG